CUCCAUUCUCAUCCCAACAAGAGUCUCUAUCACCAACUACUAUCGCUACAAUGAAGUUCCAAGUCCUUCCUUUUGUUGCCCUCCUCGCGGCUCAAGCCUACGCGGCGUGUGGCCCCGACGAAACCGAGCUUUUCGACCUUCAGGUUACCACUGGCACAAGCCAAUGUUCCAACUUUGGCUGUUUCAAGUCUUGCACUUUCCCCGACGGCAGCGGCUCAUGCAACGGUUGCACUCAGUCGGUCUCUAACGAUCAUAUUCGCCCUCUUGGUGGUAGCUACUGUUGCAAAGGACCCCUUACAGGCCAGACCAACACAUGUGUUACUGGUUGCCCCGCAGGAUCAAGAAGUUGAUAGGUCCCUACGUGCGACUGGGUUACAAGUAAUGGCUUCGUAGACUCGGCAAAACGAGUAAAUAAGUUGGCUAGAUUCCUAUGCGUUUGAUCAACACAGAAGAUUUUCUUGAAGUCGGAGGAAGAGUAAAGCACCUAACUCGGGGCAAAUGGGGGAUGGAACAUUGAUUUAUAGCGUAA